GCGCCCAGUUCCAAGAUGGCGCUCGCCAGCCUCACCAGAAGCAGCGAAGCUCCCAGGACCCCAGCGGGCCCAUCGCGUCAGAUGACGCGGGCCCCAGCCGGAAGUGAAGGAAAAAGCGCUUCAGCCCGCGGCGCCUGCGCAGAAGGCUGUGGACGCUGUGAAGCAGGAGGCACUUGGGAUCGUCCGCAGGCAUUGGGACUGCUACAGAGGCCGCCACGGAGCCCGCCGGAGCUACCGUUCCUCUCGCUGCUGCCGCCGCUGCCCGAAUCGGAACCGUCGGGCCGCAGCCGACGGCAAUGCCGCGAAGGAAGGUUUGAACUUCGUGUUUUCAGCAUCACGAGGAAUGCAGGCAGUAGUUCAGAUGGAACCGAAGAUUCCGAUUUCUCUACAGAUCUCGAGCACACAGACAGUUCAGAGAGCGAUGGCACAUCUCGGAGAUCUGCCCGAGUCACCCGCUCCUCAGCCCGGCUGAGCCAGAGUUCCCAAGAUUCCAGCCCUGUUCGAAAUUUGCAGUCUUUUGGCGCUGAGGAGCCCGUUUAUUCUACCAGGAGAGUGACCCGUAGUCAGCAGCAGCCUACCCCAGUGACUCCGAAAAAAUACCCACUUCGGCAGACUCGUUCGUCUGGCUCAGAAACUGAGCAAGUGGUUGACUUUUCAGAUAGAGAAGCUAAAAAUACAGCUGAUCAUGAUGAGUCUCCACCUCGAACUCCAACUGGAAACGCACCUUCUUCUGAGUCUGACAUAGAUAUCUCCAGCCCCAACGUGUCUCAUGAUGAGAGCAUUGCCAAGGACAUGUCCCUGAAAGACUCAGGCAGCGACCUCUCUCAUCGCCCCAAGCGCCGUCGCUUCCAUGAAAGCUAUAACUUCAAUAUGAAGUGUCCUACCCCAGGCUGUAACUCUCUAGGACAUCUGACAGGAAAACAUGAGAGACAUUUCUCCAUCUCAGGAUGCCCGCUCUAUCACAACCUCUCAGCUGACGAGUGCAAGGUGAGAGCACAGAGCCGGGAUAAGCAGAUAGAAGAAAGGAUGCUGUCCCACAGGCAAGAUGACAACAACAGGCAUGCAACCAGGCAUCAGGCACCAUCUGACAGGCAGCUGCGAUACAAGGAAAAGGUUGCUGAACUCAGGAAGAAAAGAAAUUCUGGGCUGAGCAAAGAACAGAAGGAGAAAUAUUUGAGAGGAAGGGAGAGGGCUAGAGAGUUAGAAACAUCCAUCAGAACCCUCCUGCACACCCCUGCAACCAAGGAACACAGGCAGACCUACGGGAACACUCGGGAACCUCUCCUGGAAAACCUGACGAGCGAGUAUGACUUGGAUCUCUUCCGAAGGGCACAAGCCCGGGCUUCAGAGGACCUGGAGAAGUUAAGGCUGCAAGGCCAGAUCACAGAGGGGAGCAACAUGAUUAAAACAAUAGCUUUCGGUCGCUAUGAGCUUGAUACUUGGUAUCAUUCUCCCUAUCCUGAAGAAUAUGCACGACUUGGACGGCUCUACAUGUGUGAAUUCUGUUUAAAGUACAUGAAGAGCCAAACGAUACUCCGCCGACACAUGGCCAAGUGUGUGUGGAAACACCCACCUGGUGAUGAGAUAUAUCGCAAAGGUUCGAUAUCCGUGUUUGAAGUGGAUGGCAAGAAAAACAAGAUCUAUUGCCAAAACCUCUGCCUGUUAGCCAAGCUUUUUCUGGACCACAAAACAUUAUAUUAUGAUGUGGAGCCCUUCCUGUUCUAUGUUAUGACAGAAGCGGACAACACUGGCUGUCACCUGAUUGGAUAUUUUUCCAAGGAGAAGAAUUCAUUCCUCAACUACAAUGUAUCCUGUAUCCUUACUAUGCCCCAGUACAUGAGGCAGGGCUACGGCAAGAUGCUCAUUGAUUUCAGUUAUUUGCUUUCCAAAGUGGAAGAAAAGGUUGGCUCCCCAGAACGUCCCCUCUCAGACCUGGGGCUCAUAAGCUAUCGCAGUUACUGGAAAGAAGUGCUGCUUCGUUACCUGCAUAAUUUCCAAGGCAAAGAGAUUUCUAUCAAAGAAAUUAGCCAGGAGACAGCUGUGAAUCCUGUGGACAUUGUCAGCACUCUGCAAGCCCUUCAGAUGCUCAAGUAUUGGAAAGGAAAACACCUAGUUUUAAAGAGACAGGACUUGAUUGAUGAGUGGAUAGCCAAAGAGGCCAAGAGAUCUAAUUCCAAUAAAACCAUGGAUCCCAGCUGUUUAAAAUGGACCCCUCCCAAGGGCACUUAAAGUCACCUGUUACUCUUGAGCCAGCGAACCCCAGCAGUAGGAAUCCGUACCCUAGGGAUCUGUCUGUCAUUUCUGUUGCUCUUGUGAUUGGCAAGUACAGUAUCCUUUGGGAAGGCCAUCCCCUCAGGACUGUCCUGGCUCCGACCUUCAUGUACACUGCAGACGCUGGUUCUGAGGAACUGUUGUUUCGGCCUCAGUGAGGUUGCCCGGAUGGGAUCUAUAUUAGACUUGAGUGCAGGUCCCUCAUAGCACUGACCCAAGGUGCUCUGUUUGGUACUGUACCUGUCCAGUCACCGGUCUGUCCUCAUGUUCUCUAGCCCCAUGAGCUGGUGUCGUGUCUCCUAAACUUGUCAUAGUGCUUCUUGCCGCCUGGUCGCCAGACCUCCAAAUACAGUUGCCACUGCCGGGACCUUUCCAAUUAUUCCUCACAUGUGGUUUUUGGAUGGGCAGGGAAGAGGUGACACUUUGAGUAUGUGUGCUGGGAGGGGUCCAUUCCUUUUGGAUUUCAUCUCACUUUAAAUAUUGUCCUCCGUUUUUAUGGAAUGACUUGUUUUUAUCAGUAUCAGGCUGACCAGAGCCAAAUGCUUUUGAAGCUUCACCCAGGGAUUAGUCUUGAGAACCGCAUGUCAUCUCUGAGUGAGAUGGAGAGGGGAGAGGUGGUGAUUCUGUGCUGAGUUCACCUGUGGGCAGCGGGCCACGUCUUGGUGGAAAGGAAAGAAUGCUUUUGGCCUCACCAGAAAGUGCCCAGCGGUAAACGUUUUCUUCCCUCUUGACUCCAUGCCCCUUUUUAUGUUUGCAGGUGCCAAAAUAAUUUCCAGUUCUCCCUUUUAUGCUGUAUGUUAACUGGUUCAUUAACUGCAAAACCAUUUUCACCAGUACCAGUCUGCUAUAGCACACCUUCACUUCCACAUAAGUUGCACUGAUUUUUGUCUGAACAUCCUCCGAGAAGUGGAAACUAAUUGAGAAGUAUCUCCACCCAUGAUUCAACCAGGCGGAAUGGCCACCCCGCCCAGGUGUGCUUCUCUGUUCCACAGUGCCUCACCUCCCUCUAGGCUAAGCUUACGCUCAUCCAAGAACUCCUCCAUUUCCUUUUUGGGGUUUGCCACCAUCCCCCUCUUCUCUGACCUCCUCUCUUUGGUGGUAUGUAAGUGAAGGAAGAAAUGCUCCCUCUAAUUUCUCUCUGGCCCAUUAUAACCUGCUAUUUGGGGGCAGCUUUUGAUGUCUGACAUGUCACCCUUCCCAACCUGAUCGCCUAUAACACUGCUGUCUUCGUGCGGAGCCCUCGCCACCAUCCCGACUCUGGUCAUUGUGCCUUUCUCUUGUCAUCUCUGUACACUACUUACUAUUCACUGUGGGUUGGGGGAGCUCAUUUUAAGCAUGUUCAGUGGCAGCUCCCUGCCAAUUUCAGUGUCACUGUUAAAAUUUUAUCCAAAAGCAACUUCACUGGGGGCUCUCUUAAAGGGUAAAGGCCUUUUAGUGAAGCUAACCCUUCCCCACCUGUGGUAGAAUGUGCUGUUCUAUAUCUACUCAAUAAAGCAUGUUCUCUGCUUAA